UCAGGCUCAGGGCCCAAGUGGCUCCAGGGCCCCGCACUGUCACACACUGGCCUGUAGGAGGCGCUCGUCUGUGCGGAGCUCAUGUCUCGGCUCUGAAUGCUCGCUCUUUCCACAGCACGUUGUCUGUGCGGCCUCGACUUCCUUUUCUGUGCGGAUUUCAUGGCGAGUGAUAGCGGGGAAGAGUUGAUUCACCUACCGUGACCACACCGAGCCGCGCAUCAGCCUCCAGAGACGCUUUCUCCGGGUGAGUGCGCUGCCAUUAAUAAAGACCGUGACGUCUGCGGAGUAGUUGACUGGCUUUGAAGUCAUCAGGUGUUUCAAGGACUUGGGUGGUUUCUGUACUGAACUCUGUGCUGUGCCCCUCUUUCGUCGUGUUGUGGCCGUAGCUGGUCUUACUGAAGAACUGCCAGUCGAUGGCUCUGAUGGACAAACACAAAGUGAAGCGGCAGAGACUGGACCGCAUCUGUGAGGGCAUUCGACCACCCAUCCUCAAUGGCCCCAUGCACCCUCGUCCUCUGGUGGCGCUGCUGGAUGGCCGGGACUGUACGGUGGAGAUGCCCAUCCUGAAGGACGUGGCCACUGUGGCCUUCUGUGAUGCCCAGUCCACCCAGGAGAUCCACGAGAAGGUCUUAAAUGAGGCUGUUGCAGCUUUGCUCUACCACACCAUCACGCUCUCGCGAGACGACCUCGACAAGUUCAAAGGUCUUCGGGUCAUUGUGAGGAUUGGCAGUGGUUUUGACAAUGUUGAUAUUAAAGCUGCAGCAGAGCUGGGUAUAGCAGUGUGUAAUGUACCAGCCGCGUCUGUGGAGGAGACGGCAGACACCGCCAUGUGUCUAAUUCUGAAUCUGUACCGCCGCGUCACCUGGAUGCAUCAGGCUCUGCGCGAGGGCACCCGUGCCUCCAGCGUGGAGCAGAUCCGGGAGGUGGCCGGAGGCGCAGCACGUAUUCGAGGGGAAACGUUGGGCAUCAUUGGACUGGGACGUAUUGGCCAGGCAGUUGCUCUAAGGGCAAAGGCCUUUGGGUUUGGAGUGAUUUUCUAUGACCCGUACCUGCCAGAUGGGGUGGAGCGAUCACUAGGCCUCCAGCGCAUGGCAACACUACAGGACCUGCUCAUCCACUCGGACUGUGUGUCGCUACACUGCAGCCUAAACGAGCACAACCAUCACCUCAUCAACGACUUCACCAUCAAACAGAUGCGUCAGGGCGCCUUCCUCGUGAACACAGCGCGUGGUGGUCUGGUGGAUGAGAAGGCUCUGGCCCAGGCUCUGAAAGAGGGCAGAAUACGGGGAGCAGCCCUGGACGUCCAUGAGACAGAGCCCUUCAGUUUCUCUCAGGGCCCACUGAAGGACGCCCCAAAUCUUAUCUGUACCCCACACACAUCCUGGUACAGUGAACAGGCCUCCAUUGAGGCCAGAGAGGAGGCGGCGCGGGAGGUGCGCAGAGCCAUCACAGGUCGUAUCCCAGACAGUCUGAAGAACUGCGUGAAUAAGGAGUAUUUGAUGGCAGCCUCUCAGUGGCCGUCUAUGGAGGCCACCACCGUUCACUCUGAACUCAACGGAGCUGCAGCCUAUAGGUUCCCUGCAGGGCUGAUUGGCGUAGCGGCGGGCGGGCUGCCUGGAGCCGGGGCAGGAGUGGAGGGGAUUGUGGCUGGAUCUCUGCCCCUGGCCCACGGCAUCGCCCCGGUCUCACACCCGCCUCAUACCCCCUCGCCCGGGCAGCCCUCCAAGGCCGAGGCGGACAGAGACAUCCCUUCUGACCAAUAGCAUCCCAGCACAUUCCAUCUUUGCCCUGAUCGAUGCCCUUUCACCUCACCCGGGGGGGACUGACACCCCUGCUUUCGACGUGACCUCGGGUCACCCCAGUCCAACAGAACACGUGUACAAACCCAGGAGUGAAACCCUGUACCCCGAACGUACCCCUCAUUUCCACUCGCUGUCUCCUCUGUUGUUCACUUUGGCAGAAAGCAAUAACUUCUCUCAAGGAUUCAAUAAUUGGGUUGAUACACACACUAUUUCUAAGCAACGAAAUCCCAGUUCCUUUGCUUUGUAUCUACUCUGGACUAGUUGGAGUUUGUUUCCGAGUAGUGUUUCUUACAUUUCUGUUCUUUUCUUAUCUGUUUUAACAGCGUGGAAAUAAACGCAUGGACCUUGUUUUCUUUCCUUCGUCCCCUGCCCAUCCUCCUCCUAGCAUACAUUUGUAAAACCGUUUGAUCAUCAAAACAAAGCAACAGCUGGCUAACGUCUUUUGAUUAAAUUCAGCAGUCAUCAGCAAUUAUUUCACAGCUGGUGUUCAAUAACGGAGAUCAAGGCUAAUGGUUGUGGCCCGUGGCUAAGAGUAACAAUCCAUGGGAAGAGCUCAGAUGUUUCGCGUUCCUCUCACUCUCUCUUCAUGUGGAAGGCAUCUUCUAGAUUUGUCCAUCCUCUCUCUCUCUCUCUCUCUCUCUCUCUCUCUCUCUCUCUCUUUCUCUCUUUCUUUUUGCAGAAAACAAGAGAGCUUCACCCCCAGAGCUGUUGGGGGUUUGAUCAUGUGCUCCACUUUAGUCACAAGAUUUACAGCGUCCGUAAUGCCUGAGGUCUGCAUAACAGUGUCAUUGAAAUCGCAUACGUGAGAUUCCAUCGUCUCGUGAUGGCCGACUUAAUUUUAUUUUAUUUUGUGCGCUGCUUGUGAAUAAUAAUAAUAAUGAUGAUGAUGAUGGGAGAUUGCUUGUAGGCAGCCAGCUUCAUAAAUGAAAAUUUCAAACAAAGCCAUAUUCAUAGUGUAUAGCAUCUCUAACUUAAGACAUAUCUGCAAGAUUUGACCUAAACCUACCCUCAAAAAACAAAAGAUGCUCUUUUUACAAUGUGUGCGUACAACAUUGACCUCCGCUUGACUCAUACUGAGAUCCACCAUAGCUAAGCUGAUAACAUUGGCACCUUUUUUUUAUUCGUAGCCAAUUGAAGAAUAUUUGCCUUGUUUUCCAUAUCUUCUCUCUGUCCUGGAUUAUCUCUUGCUGUACUUCCUCCUUGUGCCUCCUUUUUCCGAUUAGGCCUUCUCUUUGUGGCGCGGCGAGGCACGCUCGUCCUCCAUCAAUUCCCAUGAAAUCACUGUGUAGCGCAUCCGCCGCCCGCCCGCCCGCCCGCCCGUCUGCCCUUCCUCCUUCCCACAAGGCACUUAAACUCUUAACACACUCUCACAAACACAUUUUCAUACAGGCCUGACAAACUGAGCUUCAUCCACAUUUUUGUGAGGAAGUCCUGGUGCUCUGGAGGCUGCAGUAGCGUUGAAGGCCAGCAGGUGGCGCCAACUCGCUUCCCCCCUCAGGUUCACGGCUGAUGAAUUCAUCCCCGUUCAGCCGACGCUUGCACAGAGAGCCUCUCAUAAAGGUUUAGCGGAAAAUCAGACCUGUUGUGGGCCGCACCAUCUGUCGACACACUUCCAGACACUCAGGAUGGGCGAAUUAAAGCAGGUCAUGUACCCUGAGCUUGACAUUUUCAUGGGCGUCUUCUAUGAUAUCAGCCUUCGUUUUCUCUGCGUUUUCACCAUUUAGAGCACAGAAGAUAAGGUGGAAAGAAUGUAAAAGCUAGGUCACUGGAACGCUGGUUGCUUUCCAAAGAAGGUAGGAGAGUGUCUCGGGAUAGCGUUCUGUCUGAAGAGAAAGGCCUUUCUAGUACCUCAGUAACAGAUAUUGAAUGUAUGCUCAACUUUCUCGCUUUGUACAGCUUUUUUAGAUCAUAGGUUCCUAUUUCUGAGGGGGUGUGUAUGCGUCUGCAUGUAUGUGACCGUGUGUGACUGCUUAUCCAGUGCAUCAGUUAUUCGCAAAUGACAAAAUAAAGCGGUUUUUUUUUUUUUGGUUUUUUCUUCCUCCAAGCAUAGGAUGUCUAUUACAUUGUUUCAUUAGACGUAGUUUAAAUCUCAGGCAUUAGCUUUAGGAAGUUCUUGAUCUGUGAUUUUUGUAAUUUUCUGUAUUAAGGAGCACAGUUUCAUGUCUUCGUCGAGAUGUACGCUAAUAAAUGGAGGAGGUUUGAAACUACGCGAUUGAGGAUGCUUUCUUGAUAGCCGAUGUUGUCGUCGUAAGUGUCCCCAAUCCUCAAUCCUCAUGGAUUCGUGCAUGAUAACGAGAUGGUCGUACCUAUCAGGCCCCUCCCCCUCGCUUCCCAUUGGCUACGUUUUGAUGUUGAAUUUUUGAGUGACGUGCAGCUUUUCCUAGACUGAAGUGAUGCCCUUUAUUCUCGUCAAGACUUUAUAGCUGCUCUGUAAAGUUUUUCCGUACUACAGCGUUUUUGAAUUUUUCGAGUUUCUUCUAGCAUUAUCGUGGUGUUUCUUUGCCGUCAGCAUCAUCCAGCUUUGAUAUGAGAUGUGCACUAUGUGUUAAAACCAAGAAAUGAGACGUUUCGAUCUAGUUUGUGUCAUUCAGUGUUCAACAUGUUGUAUUGAAACAUUUCAAGACGAGUCUCGUUCCAUCCUUUGGCCCUCGGCACCCUCGUCGUCCUGCAGUCCCCUCGCUGCCUUAAUGUCGUAGAUUGCGGUGAAUCUUUUUCCUUGACGAAACCCCCCCCGCAAACACACAUGCAAGAGAGAGGAGGCUGUUUCUUUAGCCAUAUGUUGCUCUGUGUGCUUGAUGCAUGUUUCUGGAGAACACAAAUGGCUUUGACUGAGGUGUGAAAUGCUCAGGCGCUAUGAAAGACCCUUUCAGGAGCCGCCGAUGUGGUUAAAUCUAGUCCGUGAAGGGAGGCUGGAGAGGACAGAUAUGGACUCGCAGCAGUCGAUUUCUCUCUCAGGGUUCUAAUACACACAUAUCCUACAGCCGCCAGUUACACUCUUCCUCCAUCCCAAUGAAGAUCAUGUUGUAGGUCUCCAGAGCUCUCCUACACAGUCCAUCUUUCAACAGUGAGUGUCCUUCUGUGAUAUUUUUCCUUUCUAUCGCUCUUUUCUCCUUACUUUUUGCGUAUUUGUCGCACUGACACCUAACAACAGAAGAAUGAAUGUUUUAAUAGAACUGCGUGUAACGUUGAAGUUGGGAAAUGUAUUUUUACAACAUGUGAACUUUUUAUUCCUUUCUCUUACCUUCUUUUUGUUGUGAAUUGAUUUUAUUUUUUUUUCUCCCCAUCACCAGACUGCAAAAAAGUAAAAACCACAAAAAAAAAAAAAAAAAAA